AGCAAUAUUAUUUACUUAUUGUAAUAACAAAUAUGUAUAUGUAUAUUAUUGAUAUUACCAUAAAUUAAAUUACAAUAAUAAUUUAUACUUAAUGUGAUAUAUAUAUAAUAUUGUUUUUUAAUAAUAAUACCCUACAUUAUUAAAUUAUUAUUAUGUUAUAUUAAAAUUAAAAGAAAAAAUUAUCAUAUAAUUAAUCAAGUGUUCACACUAUAUAUAUAUAUUCAGAAAUAAAGAUAUAAUGAAGAAUAAUACAUUCCGUUCGCAUAGGGUGCGCCAGUAGUAAGAAAUUUUAAUAUUUUAACAACUUCUAUCCAAUAUUUAGAGAAUUUAUUCAUAAAAAAUUUCUCAACUGUUAAGAACUUAGAAAAAAAAUUUAAGUUUUUAUUUAAUAAUAGAAGUUAAUUCUUAAGAAAUUUUUUAAUUUAAAUUAUUUAAUUUAGUUUACUAUUUUUUAUAUAUGUUCAUAAAAAAAUUAUACUUUAUUUAUAAUUUAAUACGAUAAUUUGUUUAAAUAUAGAAAUAUUUAAAUUUUAAAAAAUUUUAAAGUUUACAUUUAAUUAUUUAAGAAAAAAAAUAAUAAAAUUAAAAUUAAAUCUAAUUUCUUUUAUUAAUUUCUAUAAUUAAAUUGUGAUUUAUUUGUUAAACUCUUAAGGUUAUGUUUCAUUUAUAUAGAAGUUACAUUGAAUUAAUUUUUAAACAAUCUUUUGAAUAAUAAUUAUAAUAAUUGUACAUUUUGACGAAUUUAUUAUAGAAUAUAUAUAUAUUUACGAUUCUAUAUUUUGUAUAAUAUUUGACAAUUAUUUAAUUAACAAAAGGAAAAAGAAUUAUAAAUGAAUUUUUUUUUUCAUUUAUAUAAUUUAAUUUAAAAAUAGAUUUUAAGUAGAUAAAAAUUUGCAGGAUAUAUAAUACAUUAUCUAAGUAUUCUGUGCAAGCGCGCGAAAAUUUAUGAGAACUGAGUGGUAAUGGUAAUAGUAGUGACAAAACGUUUUGUAGCGGUUGGUCUCUUUGGGUGGGGAAAAUCAAUAGGAAAACCAAGUUUAAAUUAUAAGUACAGAUCAUUAAUAUUUAAUGAAUCUUAUAUUAAUAUUUUUUUAAUAUUGUAUUAUAUAUGCGAAUGUGCCUGUUUGUGAAAUCUUUACAAUGAUGCUUUCAAAAUGUGGCGUCUCGUGAUGUAUAUGGAAAUUUGAUUGAAUGUAGUGUGUACUCAGUUAUCAUUAACAGCUGUGUUCAAUAAAAGGAAAAUGUUUAGAAACUAUUUAAUUGAUGCUUCUUGACAUCUAAUUUGAAGAACGAAAUAUCAAUUUACGCUUAAUAAUGUUGAUACUUCGAGAAAUUUUCUUGACUUGUUUCAUAUUGUGUACAUUAUUACAAAUCAAUUAUGUUAAAAGUACACAUAUUUCCGGUACUUUUAAUACAAAAGAAUUUUUUCGUUUUCUCAUAAAAUUCGGUUUUCAAAAGACUGAUCGUCAUCGACAAAAAGAUUCAUAUGGAUACAUUUUUGGUAAUGUAACAUCGAAAAGUGAUUUUACUAUACCAAUUACAUUGGCUGUUUUGGAUCGUGGUCAUUUUUUAGAAUACUAUGGUAAUCGUACAUUAAAGGAUAAAAAUACUGCUUGUACUCUUAUGUUUAAUACCUUGAAUCAAAGUUCUUAUGACGUACAUUGUAAUGAAGAAGGACAAGAUUUUUUAAGGAGAGUACCUUGUCCAAGAAAUAAAUUAUGUCCAGAUGAAGAUUCCAUAUGGAAUAUUGUAAAAGGAUAUCAAUUCACAUAUGUCAUACAAGAUUUUUGGCAACCACGUUUUUGGUAUAUGAGUCUAGUAGCUUGUUAUAGAAAUACAUCUACUUGUCAAUGGGAAUAUUAUGAUAAACAUGAUGAAUUAGAAUAUGAUAUUUGGCUAGUAAAUGGAAAUCCAAAUACUAGUGGCCUAAAUAGUUUAACAUACCAAUUUUCGUAUGAUAGACAAAAUACUAUAGAAUUAUAUUUGUUGUUUUUUAUGUGUUAUAUUAUAUUGGUACCACUACAAUUAUAUGCUGUAAGAUUACAAAAACAUCCUGUAACAAGAUUAUUCACUGCUAGUUUAUUAUUAGAGUUUGUAGCAGUAUGUUUGAUUUUGAUACAUGUAUUGAAAUUUGCUCUUGAUGGAGUUGGAUACGAACAAUUAGAAGUUGCUGGAGAUAUUUUUGAUAUUCUAUCAAGAACAUCAUUCAUGUUACUUCUUCUUCUACUUGCUAAAGGAUGGGCUGUAACUAGAAUGGAAUUGACAUGGAAGCCAUUAGUUUUUACUAUAUGGCUAUGUUAUGGAGUAGUUCAUAUUCUAUUAUAUGUAUGGAAUAUGACUGAAGUUGACAUUAUUGAAGAUAUUGAUGAAUAUCAAACAUGGCCAGGCUGGUUUAUACUUCUGUUUCGUAGUGCAAUAAUGAUUUGGUUUUUAUGUGAACUUAGAAAUACUAUGACAUAUGAACAUAAUACUCAGAAGUUAAAUUUUUUACUUCAUUUUGGUGCAUCUUCAUUAGUUUGGUUUAUUUAUUUACCUAUUAUAGCACUUAUUGCUCUUCAAGUAAGCGCAUUGUGGAGGUUUAAACUUCUAUUGGGUAUUACAUAUUCUGCUGAUUGUUUUGCAUAUUGCGUAAUGGCACAUUUACUUUGGCCAACACGAAGUGAACAAUAUUUUUUACUUGCACAAGGAGCUGAUAAUGGAGAUGAACUUGAUGAAUUCAAUGAAGCACCACAUGUACUGAAUAAUUAUGUGGAACCUCCAGAACUUACUAAAAUAAUUACUUAAUGUCAAAAUAUCAAAGGCAAAAUUUUGCAUAUAUAAAAAGUCAAACAUAAAGUUUGAAAUAUAUUGUUUGCCAAAUAAAAAUUUUAUAGGGUUGAUAAUACUCUGCUAUGUAUUACUUGAGACUGAUAUAUUCUGCACACUGUGUAAUUAGAGAUAUACUAAUAAUCAAAUUUACAUUUGUGAUAGGAAGUCAAUAAUUGACACAAUAAGGAAUAAAAUGGGUGAGUAUGAUAUGAGUAUAUUUAAGUAAUUUUUAAUUUAAAAAUAUAAAUGAUUAAAAAAAAUCUAAACAUAUGAUUGGGUUGUAACAGUUUGUAGGUAUAAAUAGAUAUUAUCUACUGUACAAUUUUUAUGUAUAUAAUAAUUAACUAUUAGAUAUUUAAUAUCAAUGGGAUUAUUAUGUUAUAUAGUAAUAAUGAUAUUUGUGUAUACAUAGAUUUUAUUCAUAUUUUUUACUAUUUACAAUACAACUGAAUACAAUUCCAUCAUUGUAGUAUAUUUCAAUUUUAGAUUGCUCAUGUCAUACUCUUGAAUUAUAAAAAUUUAAUAUUAUUAUAAUUUUCUUAAUAUUUUUUUCAUUACUAUUUAUUCAUUAUGUGUAAAAAAUUCAAUAUUUUUCAAACCUAAUCAUAUAAUUGUAAAAAAUUUUAAUCUUAUCUUUUAUACUUGAUUCAUAUUCAUGUUCACACUUGCACUGAAUGGAAAUUGUUUUAACGUAUAUUUUGAAAAAGUAUAAAAUUUAGAAAAUAUAAUUUUUUUUUAUGUUAAUUUAAAAAUAUUUGUAGAAAUAUAUAUGAUUCUGAUGUAUAUAAAUGAAAUUGUGCAUCAAUAUAUUAUAUACAAAGUUCUUAUGAAAGUAUUCUAUAUAUAUUAAUAAUUUUUUCAGUGUUAUUACAGUAGAAAUGCUGUAGUAAAAUAUGAACCAAUGAAAUUAUAUAAAUAUAUCUUUUGUAUAUAUUUUAAUAA